AUGAAAUUCACAAUAGUCCAUCUAAGCCUAUUUUUCCUCCUAUUUCUAGUCUACUUUCUUCUAUUCAAAGCUUUGAUCUUCCAAAAAUUCGAGAAAAAAUCGAAACUACGAGUUUUCCAAGAAUGGAUAGAUUGCGCUGAUAGAUCAUUUGAUUUCAAAGAAAAUCCACAGGAUUUCUGGAAUUCAACAACUAAGAAAAUCGAUUAUUGUGGAAAACAUUUUGAAUCUUUGAAAAUUCGCGGCUUCAACAAUACGGACGAGCAGAAAUUUGCCAUUUUGCCUAAAAAUCGACUCAUUGAUUCUGCAGACAUUGUAUUGUCUUUGGGAGUUGGUAAAGAUAUCGGAGCCGAGAAGAAAUUGAAGCAAGCCUAUGAUAAAAUUCCGCUGCAGUUUUAUGGAGCCGAUCCAAUGUUCAUGGAUAAUUAUAAAAUAUAUCAGGAGAUUGGGAAAUAUUUUCCACUUGCAAUAAGUUCUACAGAUGGAUUUUAUGAUGCAAGUGUGUUGGUUGGAGGUGAGUCGAUAAAUGUGGAAAUGUGAUUGAUCACUCCAGAAUUAUUCUAUAAGAAUGUAAAUCCCUUAAUAAUCUAACCCAUCUGAUUUUUCAGAAAACUACACAACUAUCCCAGUAUUUCAUAUCAAUUUCCUGCACUUUAUCAAAAACAUUCUCAACCUCAAAAUCAUAGAUCAUCUCUGGAUUGAUAAUGAAUAUUCCGAAUACGGUCUUUUCCCAUAUUUCUACAAAAAUGGAAUCUUGGACCAAGAAGGUAUCACAGUUUGUCAAUUGAAUAUGGAAGUUCACAACGCAACUUUGGCUCAGAAAUCAAAGUUCAAAGAAUUUGUGAGAAACAUCAUUGAUGAUCAGAAAUAUGCAAUUGUGAAUAAUUAUUUUGAGGGUAUACAUUAUCGAUUAUUUUUAGUUAACUUGGACAGCGAUUAUUGUUUGUACAAAUUUUUCUACAUAUUGUGA